CCCCCCCAACCCCAGGCCUGCCCUCCUUUUGGAUCCUCGGAAACGCCCUAUCCCAUUCUUUGCCAUCUUCCGCACUCCAACUCUGUCACUCGUUCAUUUCCCAUCUGAGUUCUAGAGAUUGGUUUAGGGUUCCCAACUUUGUGACCAACACAUUCCUUCAGACCUGCCGCACCCCCAGGCAAAAGGUGCUGGCCAUCAGCAAUCCACCAUGAGAUGGGGCGCUCGUGUUGCUUUGUGUGCUUGUCUGCCAUUGCUCUUGCCGUUAUACCUCUUGAAAAUUCAUCUGGCAGACCUCUGCGAUCAGUAUCACGCCGGCGCGUAUGUGAUUGAUUGGCUGAAUAGGGGUCCCCCCAGCAGAGACAGACUUUACCCUCAACGAAUUGAGCAAGGAGAUAAAGUGAUCGUGAUGGCCAAGUUACAGGAGGAGCACACUGACUGGGUCGAGCAAGAACUACCCGACUGGCAACGAGCUAUAUAUAUCGUGAACCCCUCUAAAGCAGCCGCGGCCGACAGCACACAACUCACAACCCCUUUGAACAAGGGCCACGAAUCUAUGGCCUACUUAACCUACCUCAUCGAUAACUACGACAACCUACCGUCUACCAUUGCCUUUCUCCACUCCCACCGCUCGGGCUUUCUGAUGGCAUGGCAUGUAGAUGCCCCUUUGCACGAUAAUGUCCUUGCGAUGAGAGACCUACAACUUGACUUUGUCCAACAGAAUGGCUAUGUCAAUCUACGCUGCAAUUGGAACCCCGGGUGCAAGCAGGACCAUCGCACCAACCGACAUGUGACCGAAGAAGUGUUCACAGAGAUCUUUGAGGGCACCAGCACCCCACCCUUAAACUUGACAGGUACCUCGACAAUGCAAGACCAUCCUGAGCUGGCACAGAAUCAGAAAUUCUUGCAAAUGCCCAAACGGAUUGCUGCGUCGUGCUGUGCGCAAUUCGCUGUGUCGAGAGAGCAGGUUCUCGAACGACCACGCGACGACUACAUCAAGAUUCGUCAGUGGAUUAUUGAUACAGACAAGGAUGACGCCAGCAGUGGUCGGGUCAUGGAAUUCCUAUGGCAUGUCAUCUUUGGCAGAGAAUCAGUAUACUGCCCUGAUGAAGAAGUCUGCUAUUGUCAAGUCUAUGGACGAUGCUGACCAUCGAGCACAUCAUUACCACCAUUACGUUCCAUUUCAUUCGAAAUUUAUAUGUACAUACCACGACGGCUUUCUUUUCGGACGUACUGCUCUUCUGUCUCUAUCGAUUUUGGUGGCUUGAUCGCCCGGGUUUGGAUACACAUUACAGCAUGGCGUUAUUACAGGGACUGCUCGUUUACUUGACUUGUUUCAUACCCAACAUACU